UAAUCAUCAAAUAUUAACGCUUCACUUACUGGGAGAAAUGACAUUGCUUUGUGAGCUUGGGUGUGAAAUUCCAGAAUGUUGCAUACAUCACCAUUAGAAUCGGCAAAUCAGCACGCGGCCCGGCUGUUUGACAAGCAGCAGGCACUGGUUCCAAGCCUGGGCGACCAGUAUCACCGAGCGCUGAGCAGUCUGGAGUACGCCGUCGGCGUUCCUGCUUAUACCAAGUUAUAACAACACAAGGAUUAAUAGCUAAAUAAGGUCGAUAGGUUUUCUCGUGUUUUUCAAAAAUAUCAAUACUUCGUCUAAUUGGCAUAAGCAAGAGAUAACCGUUGACAAUAUCCGACAACCCUACACACAUUUUCUACAUAGAUGUCACAACUGUUGGAGGCUGCUGUUGACGAUACACAGUGACUGUGUUACCACACGUUUUAUUUAUGUGUAGCAUUUGAUCUCCGCCGUGUGAACAAUCGAUGUGGAUGAGGAUUUAUCUGUGACAGGGUUGACCAGACAAUAGUUACUGACUGACCACUGCUUUCCUAGAAUACGAUUGGACAUGUUUAGCCUGGAUAAGAACUAAGCACAGUGUCGCGUUAAGACUCCUAGCCAGUGCCUUUAGCGCCAUGCAGACCUAAGGAUACCCUUGUUCUAGGGGAUGGGACGUACCCGAAGUGGGACAGAUAGAUGAAAAAGUGAAAAUCUAGCCAUCAUGCGUCCCGCUGUGUAUGCAAGUGUGGUGCGGAACCGGAAACAGAAUGCGCGACGGAUACGCCUGCGCGCGCCACAAUUCUCUUUACGACGAGUGAUGGUGAUGGUGUUUGUAGGUGGAGCCUUAUUCAUACCUGGAUUAAUUCUUACAAUUCUAGGCGUGGAAAAUGAAGGGGACACAGAGAAAGAUACACCCGAAAAAAAAGUCAUGUACACUGUCAUCGGACCAGCAGGCUGUGCUCUGGGGGUCAUAGUGCUCAUCGCUGCUGUCCUCUAUUACUUCUGCUACGGGUUUUCCACCAUCACACAGCCUCGGCAUUCCACUACAUCCGGCGGAAGUACCCACCACGGACACUCCUCCUACUCGAGUGUGAAAAGUGCACAUGGACACAGCGACGACAAAUCUAACGGAGAAACGAGAAACCACUCUCGACACUCCAACAAGAGGUCGAAUUCAUCAUCAUCAUCUAACCAUUCACACCACCACCAUCAAUCCCAAAGUCCGCACGUGCAGAAAAAUCACAAACGCUCUGCUAAUACAUCGCCACACACACCUCCGGAAGAGGAAGAGCGGGCAGUUAGACUGACUGACCACACAGACGUGACGGUCACGCUGGAAUCCACGCCUAUUCCAAGGGAGGAAAAUGUCCCAGAGGUUGAAAUCGUACAACACCACGACCCCGAGAAGUGAAAAAGAACUCUCGGUCAGGACGAGAUUUCAUGUGUGUUAAUAAACCAUUGUUUUAGACAAUCUUUCAAAUUGGGAUAAAUAUGGUGCCUUCUUCUCCCUGUUCCUUUUUUAUAUAAAUCAUAUUCGUCAUGAAGUGCAAUAACAAUAGGAAAUACGUUUACACAUUUUAUAAACAUGAAGGCCAGCGAAUCAAUAUUGACUAAAGCCGAAUUAUGACCAAAGCGAGGCCGAAAUGUGAAAACAGAGAAACAGAACGACACCAAUUACAGGUUGUGCUGAGUAGGAGUAGAUGCCAAGACUAGUUAGUUCACUAGGACUUCAAGGUGAUCGAUACGAAAGGACAAGAUAGUUUUUACUCUACUGAUUUUUGUGAUUUGGGCAUUACAUUACAAUUUGUGCGUCAUUCAGCUGUGAUCGAUUUCAGAAAAAUAACCGUUAGUUUUGGAUGUUGAUAGAUAUAUGGAUAAUUCCGCAUUGAGUAUGACAAGGUUUUAAAGUAAGACCAGCCCUGACUAAGAUGUGAAUUGUCAAUGAUAACGGCCAAGCUAUUUUUGGUAGUCCAGACUGCGAGGUAACCAAGACAACCAACGUAACCAAGACAACCAUGUACAAUGGGACCAGGUUUCUGUGUUGUUGUUAGUGAAUAUGACCACGUUGCUAUGCUGUUACAAAGGAAAUGGACCAAUUUGUUGUGGUGCGGCGCCACAGCGUGCUGCAAUAAUACGGGCAUUGUCGACGUUGGUAAAAAGAUUCUUUUAAAGCAUAAAGCAUUCAGAAAGAUAUACAACUAAAAAGCAAAGCUUCACAUGGAAUACAAUUACACAAUAUACACAUCCACCCUUGCAAUGCAAACACAUCAUAUCAAACAUAUAUUUGCAAUAAACAUCGGUGUGAUUACAAUAGUGAGGAACACUAUUAAACGUGCAAUAAGUAUUAUAGGUUAAGUAGGUAUACCAAUACCGCGUGCCACGUAUGAAAGAUGCGAACACAGAAUAUACUCAAAUUUGUGUUUUGCUCCAAAUAUGUACAGUAUUUGAAAUAGCAUCAUGCAUACACCCCUUUCUGAUUAAAUAUAACCAACUCGAUACAUCAAAUUAUAAUCAAUCGCCAAUUUCAGACAUAAAAGUACAAUGCACUUACCAUAACAAUCAUCAGUCGUAUACAUCAAUAACGUUACUGUAUUGAACUGCUAGGACACAAUACAGUAAUAUAUCCUUUAUUGUCUCAAAAUCUAAACCCAAUUGGCAAGAUUCCAUAUGAAACAAAUUAAAAAUGUGCGUUGGAGAUUUGAUAAUAGAAAGGAAUGUGAUGAUCGAGGAGUUGGUACGUCUAUAUGUCGUUCGAAUGAAUAUCAACUUAAACUGGAACCCCACAUUGGAACAAAGAAUAUGUCAGGAACCAUCGAUUUUUCUAAGAAUAUAAUCUUCCCCGACGGAUCUUGUUAUUUCUGCAUACCAGUUUUCUGCCUAAUGUUGCUGAAGCCGAUGCACAGUUUUGUUUCAUACUCCGCGUCCACCGAGGAUAAAGCAUCUCCCCGCUUGCAUAUGGUAUAUAGGUCAUGUUACAAGCGGAUGUUGUGAUGUUCUGUAUAGGCAAAUCAUUUUUUAAUGUUAUUUGAUCAGAUUCCAGAAACAAAAAUGGUAUCUAGGCAACGAUGGUGAAGAAAAAAGAUAGGAUAGCUUAAAACCAGGUUGUAAUAUGGUAAAUAAUGUAGAAAUAUAUAGAGGCUCUGUAUAUCCUGGUGCGAAUUUUCGUACAAAAUGUCAUAAAUAGAGCUUCUGUUUUACAAGGAAUAUAUGUUAUGUUAUGGAGUGUACUCUAAAUAAACCGCGAAAGUCAGGUGUUUUUGUUUUUGUUUUGUUUUGUUAUGGCUCCAUAACAUGAAAUAUAUUAAAGUUAAUCCUUGGAGUUUAAACUAUUGUGCACAAUCCCUGUGAAAAUCCACAAACUAUUGCGCCACUUUAUCAGCCAAUGAAAAGCGACGUCACAAACGCCGACGACAUAGUUUACGUUAUAGGCUGAUAAUGUAAUAUUUAGGCCAAUGAAAACGCUUGUUACAAGCAAGAUUAAACCUUUCAUUUAUAUCUCAAUAACAAAGCAUCGUGUUUAACAUCAGAAGAAUCCAUUAAGGAUUUAUUUAUGGAAACGUUUCGUGUUUACAAAUGGUUGUAUAUAUUAUAUAUAAUUUAUAUAUACCACUUACAUUAAAUGAGAAUACUACAAAACAAUAACAAAUCAAAACGGUAAAUGAUUAUUAAUUAGUAUUACCCAGUAUUCUCUAUUUUUUUUCAAAUUGUGUUAUUGAUGUGUUGGAUGUGUUGCUUUUAGUUUAAAACUUUUACAUAGCUAUUGAUACCAUGGGUGUCUCUGACAGGUUACUAGUCAACAAACACCGGAAAACGUCCGCUAAUCUUCCCAUCAGAAACUAAGGGAAAAUACGUUUUUACCACUGUAUUUUCAAAACAGUAUAUUUCGUAGCGAAGUUCAUGAAUUUCUAGUUUUUGCUUUCAGACUAACACUACUUAAACGUUUACCCGAUCCCUAGAAUACAAAGAGACACCCUUGGUUGUGUAAUGUAACAGAUGAUCUAGUGAGCUUUGUAGUUUUAUCUGUUGUUUUAGCUCAUUUUUAUAUUAAAGUAAAUCAUCAUUGGAAAUAUUUUUUGCGAUAGUAUUUUGUCAACAUUGAUUGAUUUUCGUAAAGAUAUUUAUAUUUCGACGUAACAAAACAUAAUAACGCCAUUUUGUUGUCAGUUUUAUGUGGACACUUGUUAUAUGUGCUGUUGAUAAAUUGACUUGUAAUCUUGAUAUAUAUAUGUGUGUAUACAAUGUUUAGUCACGAUUCAUUUUACAAAAUUAUCAACUAUGUUCGGUGAGUAGCCAAACUAUGUAAGAUCAUUGUUUUGAAAUACGGGAUAAGUAUGGGCGGCGGAAAAAUCAAUGUUCAAAACCAAACCAAUAGACAGUAUAUUUUAUAACACAGCGCCAUCUAGCGUCAGUUUGUGAGUUCAUUGAUUUAGAUUUCUUGAUUCUGCAGCCGUGAUUAUUGAUUUCCGUUUGUCUAUUGGUUUGGUUUCCUUGUCUAUUGGUUUGGUUUCCUUGUCUAUUGGUUUGGUUUUCAUGUCUAUUGGUUUGGUUUUCUUGUCUAUUGGUUUGGUUUUGAACAUUGAUUGUUCCAUAAAAUAUGUUGAUUUGAAAAGGAUGUCUAUUGAUAUGAUUUUUGACAUUGGUUUUGUUUAAAUGGAUUUUUUCCCUUUCCGCCGCCCAUAGAUAAGGGUUUUUUCCCCAAUACCAGUCAAUUAAAUAGAUGCGUCAGUAAUAGUCGAAGACUAAUAAGUGACGUCAACAACCAUUUUGUUUACAUUUUUUAAUGAAAGUGAUAAUUUGUUUCCGAUUUUUUUAUAGAUCAUCUCUCGCCAGAUGAUACAUAUAGUAAACAAUGAUCAUAUCAUCCAUAUUCCCUAGACAGAAAAUGUCACAUCUAUCACUCCUCUAGACGAAAUAGAAAAUAAUUCCUAUUCAGGUCCGAGACUUCAUAACGAAUCAUAUCACAUUGAGAGGGGCAUACAUCGAUUUAUCACAGUUCAAAUGCUUCUCAUUUGUCUAGAUUUUGAUAACUGAUGCCUUGGUCAGGUCUAUCCAAUAACGAUACACCGUGGUUUCUUUCCUAUUGGGCCCGUUACCUCCAAAUGAUUAAUUUCAAGAAUGAAACGAAUUAAAUACGAACGAAGAUGUUCAGAUGUUAAAACUUACAUGAAGGUAGUUGGACAUCACGCCUACAAAUACGUUUUACUCAGGAUCAUAAACGUGAACUUUAGAUGAAUGUUUUCAUGGUCAUCUGCUUAUUGUUAUAAUAUUAUUACUAAUUCAUGUAUACCUAUACAUUUUUCGAUACGACAAAACAGGAUUUGCGCAUAGGUAUAACUCAUAUCAGUUUGAUUAAGGUAUAGCUCCCAUUUCAUCUUAACAGGAGACGUAUCGGUAGAUGGAAUUCGCUUAUUUGUUAUGUCUUCUGGAAAAAAGUAUAUUAAGCAGCCACAUAUCUUGGUGUUAAAACAUUUUACCAACAAUUCAAGUCCAGAUAUGACUAAGUCUAUCAUCAGAGAUAGGUUAUAUGAGACUGUAAGCUUAAAUGAUGCCAAUACAAUUUGCUCGCACACCUUGACCUACUAAUAAAUCCUGUUUAAAUCAGACUGUAAGUUCAACAUCUCAUAUUAUGUAAGAUUUGUCGACAUAAUUCAUAUAAUUCUUGCUUGCAACAUACUUUACAAAAAUAGAAAGAGCUAUUUAUGAGUGAAAUUAAACUUUACCUUGAGGCUCUGUCUUUAACUAGGUACGUGUGAAAUUAAACUUGACCUACUGGUUCUGUCUUUAACUAGAUACGAGUGAAAUUAAUCUUGACCUUGUGGCUCUGUCUCUAACAAGGUACGUGUGAAAUUAAACUUGACCUACUGGUUCUGUCUUUAACUAGAUACGAGUGAAAUUAAUCUUGACCUUGUGGCUCUGUCUCUAACUAGGUACGACUGAAAUUAAUCUCGACCUUGUGGCUCUGUCUCUUACUAUGUACGAGUGAAUUUAAACUUGACAUGAUUCUAUUCCUAGUUAGGUACGAGUGAAAUUAAUCUUGACACGGCUCAGUUCCUAGUUAGGUACGAGUGAAAUUAAACUUGACCUUGUGGUUCUGUCUUUAACUAGAUACGAGUGAAAUUAAACUUGACCUACUGGUUCUGUCUUUAACUAGAUACGAGUGAAAUUAAACUUGACCUACUGGUUCUGUCUUUAACUAGAUACGAGUGAAAUUAAACUUGACCUACUGGUUCUGUCUUUAACUAGAUACGAGUGAAAUUAAACUUGACCUAAUGGCUCUGUCUUUAACUAGAUACGGGUGAAAUUAAACUGGACCUUGUGGCUCUGUCUCUAACAAGGUACGAGUGAAAUUAAACUUGACCUUGUGGUUCUGUCUUUAACUAGAUACGAGUGAAAUUAAUCUUGACCUUGUGGCUCUGUCUCUUACUAUGUACGAGUGAAAUUAAUCUUGACACGGCUCUGUUCCUAGUUAUGUACAGUUAUCUCCGAUAUCCACACGACGUAGCAUUGACUAUACAUUGGACAUUAGCUUAGGUACUGUAUUCUCAUUUUCAAAUUCAGAACACUUGUUAGGAACGCUAUAUUUCAGUAACAGAUCUAUCUCAGAGGCACUAGCUGACUAAAUCCAUCAUCUGAUAUAUACUCGGAAUAAAACAUUUGAAAUAAAACGUACCUGGAAGUUUUCUUUGGGGCAAUGUUUUUUAUAUUGUUUUUUACUUCUACAUUAUAUGCUAGUUAUAACCACUACGCAAGGCAUGUUGUGCCACACUCAAGCAAUAUACAUAACUUUAUUUUGAUAUAUUUAGAAAGUUUCUAAUAAGAUGAAAAUAUGAAGUUUUAAUGAAUUUUCUUUUCACCCUUAAAUCCCUCGUGGGACCACUUUGUGUAUGCUGCGAUAUUUGAACCUCUUUUAAUGGGAGCAAUGUUCCUUAUAAAACACAUAUAUAUGAUUAUAUUUUGUAUUUAUGUUGCAUUAAUGAAAUGUACAGUUGUAUAUAAUACCAAUAUCUAAUAUAAGAUUAACUCCUAUUUUGAGCAUUGUUUGUAAGAAUUUAAUAAUUUAAAGGUGUCCAAUGUUUUAUGGUCGUGGUUGUUUGUAAAAGGAAGUGUAUUCAACUACACGACAUUCGGUCAUACAAACGACCGCCAUUGAAAAUGAAACCGUUUUGUUAAGUUCUCUCUGAGACAAACAGGUGUGAUGUUUACCGUGGUAUCAUUUUGUGUACAUUCCAUUAGUUACACACAUGUGUACGUUUAUUAAAUCUCCGUGUAUAUAUCGUAAUUAAUAAAUAACUAUUUAAAUUA